AGGGACUUGCCUUCCCUAUCAGCACUCUCAGCCCGUGACUGCAUCUCAGAAACACCUUGUAAUCUUACUCAGCGUGGAGCCUCCUUUGGCAAAUGCUUUCUCAUUCUCGGCAAAUAGGCCGGCGGUAUAAAUCCAAGAACUCGGGCAGAGGCUCAUCGGUCACUCGUGGUCUUCCUGUGAAGCUGCCAUGGAGCACAAGGUGACCUGUGUCCUCGCUGUGGUCCUCAUGCUGGCCCUCAGCAGCCUCGCCCAGGACCAGGAAGAAACAUGUACCGUGAGCCCUCGAGAAAGGAUAAAUUGCGGCUUCCCUGGCGUCACCGCCACGCAGUGCAAGGAAAGAGGCUGCUGUUUCGAUGACAGUAUCCGGGGAUUUCCAUGGUGCUUCCAUCCUAUGGCCGUCGAAAACCCUCCAGAAGAGGAAUGUCCCUUCUAG